AUGGAAGCCGCCGAGAAACAGUCAGAGCUCAAGAUGCCGCUCGAACAAGAGCUCGAUCAGAACUCUGGCGAGAUGAACGACAUCACUGAAGUCGAGAAAAAGGUGUUGUCAAAGUUUGACAAGUUCGUCAUGCCGCAGAUGGCACUGCUCGUUCUAUUUGCAUACCUUGACCGAACAAAUAUCGAUAACAGUGAUACCCUAGGAAACGCUCGAGUUUUCGGCUUCGAAGAAGAUACAGGCAUGCAUGGAACCCAAUUCAAUGAUGUAUCCAUGUAUUUCUAUAUCUCAUACGUUGUCUUUGAAACACCAUGGGUUCUCGCCGUCAAGAAGUUCGGACCUGGUCGUGUCCUUGCUAUUGCUAUCAUAAGCUGGAGUUUCAUUACUUUGGGAACAGGCUUCGUAAACAGUUACGGCCAAGUCGUCGCUUGCCGAGUUCUCCUCGGUUUCUUCGAGGCUGGUCUCUUCCCUUCUCUCACUUUCGUCGUCUCUCAGAUCUAUCCACCUGCGUCGCAAGGAAAGCGCGUUGCGGUCCUAUAUGUCUCCAUCGCGCUUUCUGGAGCACUUGGUGGACUUAUCGCAUAUGGCAUUCAGUCCAUGGGUGCGCGGCAUGGUUUGUCAGCUUGGAGAUGGCUUUUCAUCAUUGAGGGUGCCAUCUCACUCGUCAUCGGAGCCGUUUGCUGGCUGAGUCUCCCGACUUCUCCGCAGACAGCUUGGUUCCUCUCUGAAGAAGAGAAAUCGACUAUGGUGCUUAUCAAAGAGCGCAACCAUCCAUUCAAGGAAACGGAAGGCUUCUCGUGGAAGCAAGUCGUCAUGGCCCUCACGGAUCCCCUCGUCUGGCUUGCCUCCGUCUCCCUGUUCUGCGCUUCCAUCGCACUAUUCGGCUUUGGCACAUUCCUGCCUACUCUUCUCAAGGGCCUCGACUAUACCUCUCUCCAAGCCAACUAUCUCAGCAUUCCUGUCUACGUUCUGGCAUCCAUCUUCACUGCUGCCACCACCUACGUCUCGGACCGCCUCAACCGCCGAGCUAUCUGCCUUAUCCACUCUCCACUAUUAGUGAUCGUCGGAUAUGCCAUAGUCGUCGGUACCGGUCACAAGGCCGCGGGUUUCUUUGCCAUGUUCCUCGUUGGCGGUGGCGUCUACUCCUUCAACACUGUUUUGGUAACAUGGGUAUCAAACAACAUGCAGCCAGACUACAAGCGCUCUGUCGCAAUCUCCAUGCUGAUCUCACUCGCAAACGCAUCCGGAAUGGCUGCGUCGCAGAUCUAUCCCAUCCAGGAUGCUCCUCGUUACGUCAUGGGAAAUGCAAUCUCUCUUGGAGGAGAGGUCUUGGCACUUGUUUGCGUCGGACUCAUUUAUGCUCUUCUCAAGUACCGCAUGCGACAGAAGGAGAGGUUGAUCGCAGAGGGUAAGGAUGGCAAUGGAAAAGAGGGAGAUCAGAGCUUGGGGUUCAAGUAUGUCUUUUAA